ACUCCGCCCACACAUGUGACUGGUCACAUGGCUGUGAUGUCACUGAAGGUCCUCCAGCACACUAGCAUCCACGGUGUGGGAGUCUGGUGCGGGAUCCCGGUGUCUCAGUGAUCAUGACGGCUGCGGCUCCUGUGCUGAACCUGAAUAAUGAGGUUGUGAAGAUGCGGAAAGAUGUAAAGAAAGUAAAAGCUCUAACACUUCGCAAACUAAUCCGGCACAUUUCGAAGCUGAAAUCCAAAAAGGGAACAGAAGAACUGAUGGUUAAAAAUCAAAGACGAGCACAAAGACUUCUUGAAGAAAUUCAGUAUAUAAAGAAGCUAAAACCAGAUGAUGUGACCAAAACUGCCUUACGGAAGGAAAUUAACUUUGAUAAAGUAUUUAAUAAGGCAAACAGCACUGCGGAAACUCGAGCAGUCGCCAGAUUAGCCACACACCCCUUGCUCAAAAGAAAGAUAUCUGCUAUUAAUGAUGCCAUUAAGGAAUUUAAAGAGGCCAGAAUGAACCAAUCUGAACAAGAAUUGGAAUCGGAACAGCCAAAACCUGCUAAAGGUGUAAAAAAAGAAGCUGAGAACAAACCUAAGCAAGAUGCUAUUAAGGCAUUUAAAGAGGCCAGAAUGAACCAAUCUGAACAAGAAUCGGAAUCGGAACAGCCCAAACCUGCUAAAGGUGUAAAAAAAGAAGCUCAGAACAAACCUAAGCAAGAUGCAAUUAUGGCAUUUAAAGAGGCCAGAAUUAACCAAUCUGAACAAGAAACUGAACCAGAACAGCCCUCUUUACCCCCCAAACCUGCUGAAAGCGUAAAAAAAGAAGCCAAGAACAAGCCAAAACAAGGCAACGCAAAACAGCAAAGGAAAACUAUUGAAAGAAAACUGGAGAAUAAUAUUGUGGACAGCCCCGUACUAGAAACAGUAGAUAAAGAGACCCAUCUUACAGCUAGUGACCACAGUAAUGAAGAGCCCAUUUCUCCACCCACACCACAAGCUUUACAAGCCAUUCCAGAAGUUCCGGCUGUAAAGAACUUGCAAAGUAGUUCAGAUAAAGAAACAGGGCAAAAUCCCGAAGCAACCCAAAAACUCGAAAAGAAAAUUGAACAAAGUAUCACUGACCAAAAAGUGGCAUCUACAAAUGAAUCUGAUUCUAGUGAUCUCGAAGAUUCAGAUGAAGAAGAUAAGGAAUACUUUGACGACAGUACAGAAGAAAGGUUUUUAAAGCAGUCAUCUGGUUUUGAGGACAGUGAUGGUGACAGCGAAGAUGAUUUUUUCAUUGGUAAAGUAAGACAAACCAAAAAGAAAAAAUCAAGCAAAAAUGCUGACUUGGUCAAGAAAGACAAACUCCCUGCUGGUUUUGUUUUUGCUGGUGGGAUUGGCACAGGUGAGAAGAAAGCGACCACAGGCCCGAAGAAUGCCAAACUGGAAUCUGUCUUUUGCACAACAUUAACAGAACAGAAGUCAUCGUAUAUGAAAAGGUAAGACACAGCAUUAAGG